AUGAGGCAGCGUCAGAGAGUUACAAUUGUUGAAGAGCACAGUGGGCCUGAUGGGGUGACUAUGGAUCUUGAGAUGCAAUGGGAUGGUAACCCGAAUAUCGUUCUUGACAUUAAAACUCGAGUUGGUGUUCGACUUCCUGUACAUGUAAAAGAUAUUGGAUUCACCGGGGUUUUCAGGUUGAUCUUCAAACUACUAGUGAAUGAUUUCACUGGUUUCAGAGCGCUUUACCGGGGAUAUCUGAUGCUAUAG